GUUAGACAGUCGGCGGCUCUAGCAAAGAAGGCUAACGACACCGACUCACCGAGUGUAACUGAGACAGACUGAGGAAGAGAAGGAAAGUCGCGUGAGAGAGAAAAUGAGCGGCGACACGAAACCCAACAAUGGCGGGAACGUUGGAGGGGGAUUUAGGGCAAGGUUGGAUCAUUACCUCUACAGUGGAGACAAGAAGCAUGUCAUGGUUGGCUUAGCUCUCAUCACCGCCGUCUUCGGCGUCCCUUGGUACUUCAUGAGCAGGGGAACCAAACAAAUGUCUCAUCAAGACUACCUGGAGAGAGCUGAUAAAGCAAGGAGCCAAAGACUCUCAUCCGGCUCUGCUAAGUGAUCUUAUGCUUUGCAUUUAUUAAAUAGCUUAAUCCAGUUAGACUACUUGUCAAUCAAAGCUUUAUGGCGUGAUAACAUUUUAUUAUAUCUCCCUUUUCCUCCUCCGGCUUUUUGUAUGGCAGAGAUGUUCUUCCUUCUUGUCAUUCUUAGUGAUGUAGUCCAUGUAGCACUACUCAUUGCUUUGCUCGUUUGCAAAAUUUGAUGGCUAACAGCUUUCCAUUCAA